AUGAACUUUAACAUUAGCUCCAAGGAAACUGUUGAACUAGAACAGAAAUACUCUGCGCACAACUACCACCCUCUGCCUGUGGUGUUCCACAAGGCGUCUGGUGCUCACGUUUGGGACCCUGAGGGGAAGGAGUACUUGGAUUUUCUGAGUGCUUACUCUGCUGUGAACCAAGGUCAUUGUCACCCAAAGAUCGUCAAGGCACUAGUCGACCAAGCAUCGACUCUAACUCUGUCAUCUAGAGCGUUCUCCAACGAUGUGUUUGCCGUUUUCGCAAAGUACGUAACUGAAUAUUUCGGCUAUGAGAUGGUGUUGCCAAUGAACACUGGUGCUGAAGCUGUAGAAACCGCUUUGAAAUUGGCAAGAAGGUGGGGUUACGAAGUCAAGAAGAUUCCAGACAACGAGGCCAUUGUUCUUGGUGCGCAAGGUAACUUCCAUGGUAGAACAUUUGGUGCAAUCUCUUUGUCUACUGAUGAGGAAGACUCCAGAAAGCACUUUGGUCCAUUUUUGACAAACACAACUGCCAAGAACCCAUCAAAGGGACAGGCAAUUAGAUAUGGCCAUAUCGAGGACUUGGAACAGGCUUUUGAGUCUCAUGGUGACAAGAUUGCCGCAGUGAUCCUUGAACCUAUUCAAGGUGAAGCUGGUAUUGUUGUGCCACCAAAGGGCUACCUAUUGGAUGUCCAAAACUUGUGUAAAAAAUACAACUCUCUUUUCAUCUGUGAUGAAAUUCAAACUGGUAUCGGUAGAACUGGUAAGUUGCUAUGUUUUGAGCAUACUGAAGGUGUAAAACCUGAUGUAGUUCUGUUGGGUAAAGCCAUUUCUGGUGGUGUUUUGCCAGUGUCUUGUGUGCUGUCAUCUCGUGAAAUCAUGUCCUGCUUUACACCGGGCUCCCAUGGUUCCACUUUUGGUGGUAACCCAAUGGCCUCAAGAGUUGCAAUUGCCGCUCUUGAUGUCAUCAAGGAAGAGAAAUUGGUUGAGAGAGCUCAAAAACUCGGAGAUCUACUACAAGAUGAACUACGUAAACUUCAAGCACAGUCAGACGGUAUGAUUUCCGAAGUAAGAGGUGUAGGUUUACUAACUGCCAUUGUCAUUGACUCACAAAAGGCCCAAGGCCGUACAGCAUGGGACCUAUGUCUAUUAAUGAAAGACAAAGGUGUCCUAGCCAAGCCAACGCACGACCACAUAAUUAGAUUGGCUCCACCAUUGGUCAUCUCAGAGGAGGACUUGUUGAAGGGUGUUCAAGCUAUGAAAGAAGCAUUGGUAGAACUACCAAGUGCUCCAAUUAGCGGUCAUUAG